AUGAGUAACGCGAUUGGAGUCGCAUGGCAGAUCCCAUGCUCGGGGCUUCGAUCCUCGGGUAUGCUGUCAACGACCAUUCGUCCUCGAUUUCGCGAUCUUCGCCUACAGCCAAGCCGCAUAGAUAGCAACCCACUCAGCAAUCUGCGCCUAUUGAGCUCCCUGAGCCCCUUUCCUCAACCAGGACGACCUCUGAUAUCCUCUCUCUCACCUCAAAAACCCGGACCCACCCCUCUCUGGACCCGAUCCAAAAGAACCCUGGCUCGCAAAUCUUCUCCAAAGCCGUCCAACCCUUCAACUCCCGCGAACCUUGCCUCCGAUACCGAGCUGACGAGCGUUUUUCCGCAAUCACAAAUAUCUUCGAAAUUGGCCAAACGCACCUUGGCAGUCUUGCAUUCACGGAGAUUAGAGGGCACACUGGAUCUAGAUCUUCCCGUCGAGAUUACUCGUGCGGUCAACCAAGCACAGCUUGAUACGGCUUUGGAAUGGUUACGGCAAAAAUACCCGAUUGAUGAGGAUGCUGCGAUUCUAGCUCGCAUUGAACGGGAAGAGCGUCAGGCAGAGGAGAAAUUGGUGCGCCGCGCCGAACAACUCGGCCUUUACAAGCCACAGAGUGGCUCAUACGGUGCUGAACUUGGCGAGGAAAACUCCAUCUAUGGAAAGAGUGUGCUCAAAGAGGCGCGCGAAAAGAAUGAGAAACGUUUGCUGGCUGAAAAAGAACGCAAGCGCCAACAAUGGCUAGAAGGUGAACACGAGGAGCAGGAGCAACUGCAACGUCAAAUUGAAGGCAGCAAAGAGCUGCAGCAAUACCAGGAGUCGGCUUUGAUGGAAGCGCGUCCGCGGGCGGACCCCAACGAACGGCCGUAUCUUGCUUGGGUUCAGAAGCACCAUGUUGCGGGAACACAUAACCAAGUCGAUGCUGCGGAUAUUACAACGCCCCAGCGAUUGGUGUCCUCAAUCCUGUUUACUAUCGGUGUCCUCGGUCUUUGCUAUCUAUUUUCCCAAAAUUACGAGGCACCAGCCAGACAAGAUCGUCUUUGGCCCAAUGUUCCUCCCGCUGCAGCAACAGUGGGAGCUAUCAUUGGAGCCAAUGUGGCCGUCACAUUGAUGUGGAAAUACGUCCCACCCUCAUGGCGACUGCUUAACCGCUUCUUUAUCAUCGUCCCCUUCUAUCCUAGUGCGCUUAGUAUGCUAGGUAGUACAUUCAGUCAUCAAACCUGGAGACAUCUCUCCACAAACAUGAUCGUGCUGGGUCUCAUGGGAACCCGAGUCCAUGAUGAGCUUGGCCGUGGAAACUUCCUCGCCAUUUACUUCGCGUCUGGUGCAGUCGGAUCAUUAGUGUCCUUGUCUCGCAGCGUGCUCUUGGGAGCUCUCGCCACUACCUCCCUUGGCGCCAGUGCUGCCACUAGUGGAAUUGUUGCCGCGUGGUGCAUGUAUCACUUCCAUGACAAAAUCACCCUUUGGAUUCUCCCUCAUGAUUUACGAGACACCAUCUGGACCCAAGGCUGGAUUUUCCUCGCCUGCAUCGUUGGUACUGAGAUUCUGAGCAUGGCGACACCAGCUCGCUUCCUCCGAGUGUUCCCCUUGUCCAGACUCGCCAAAAUGGACCAUGCGGCCCAUCUUGGUGGAUACUUUGUUGGAACUGGAUGUGGUUAUGUUCUCAUGAAAAAAAUGAAGGAGAGGAAAGCUCGGGAGUCGCAGUGGUUUGAGAAACUUGUCCGGUAA